AUUUAUAACUGCAAAAUUUAUUUUGAAAGUAAAAAUCAGCAAAGUAUAAUAAAAGUAAAACCCAUUUCGAAACCCCCUUCCCACUUCUUUUCUUAAUUCUUCCGUAUCUGGUUUUAAUUUUCUUUGCAUCUUCCCUCUCCUCUCCCUUCACUUCUAGGUUGACUCUGGAUCGCUGUACUUUAGAUCCUAGUAACAGAGGAACUGAACUUAAAUUUGAGCAGCAGUAGGAGUAAAACAAAGCAAAGGAAGAGGAAAAGAUGCAUUCUUUUGGGUACAGAUUAAAUGGUUUGCUAACGUUUGCCGUGACUAUUCUAGCGCUAAUGUGCGCCAUCACAUCUCUCUCGGACAACUUCAACACUCCCUCUCCCUCUGCAGAGAUCAAGAUUAUGAACAUUAAUUGGUUCCAGAAGCAGCCACAGGGGCAUGAUGAGGUCAGCCUAACGAUGAAUGUAUCAGCUGAUUUGCAGUCAUUGUUUACUUGGAACACAAAACAGGUAUUCGUUUUUGUAGCAGCUGAGUACGAAACCCGAAAGAAUUCCUUGAAUCAGGUCUCACUUUGGGAUGCCAUUAUACCUGCCAAAGAACAUGCUAAGUUUUGGAUCCACACCUCAAACAAGUAUCGCUUUGUUGAUCAGGGAAACAAUCUCCGUGGCAAAAAAUUCAACUUAACAUUGCACUGGCAUGUCAUGCCUAAGACCGGAAAGAUGUUCGCUGACAAAAUAGUCCUGACCGGUUAUAGCUUACCGGAGGAAUAUAGAUAAGGUUUUCUUCACUAUCAUGUUUUUGAGGCUGCUGUAACUUUAGCCUUCUUGAUAUGCGGACAUUACAGCCCAGCUGAACCAGAGAACUUGAAAUCUAGUGUCCUCUUAGUGGGGACAUUAAGUUGAAUUAGAAAGUUUGAAACAUUGACACUUAUGCUUGAGAAAGUGAGUAAAUGAAUUUAACUUUUAGAUUGAAACAAGAAAGAAUCUUUCGAAGUGUUAAAAGAA